GUAGUUAGUGAGAAUGGCGAGGACAAAGCAAACAGCUCGCAAAUCUACUGGGGGUAAAGCUCCCCGUAAGCAGCUGGCUACUAAAGCUGCCCGUAAAAGUGCUCCUGCGACGGGAGGAGUGAAAAAACCUCAUCGCUAUCGGCCCGGCACCGUGACCCUGCGGGAGAUCCGCCGUUACCAGAAAUGCACUGAGCUGCUCAUCCGCAAGCUGCCCUUCCAGCGCCUGGUGCGUGAAAUCGCCCAGGACUUCAAGACCGACUUGCGCUUCCAGAGCUCGGCCGUUAUGGCUCUGCAAGAGGCCAGCAAAACCUACUUGGUGGGGCUCUUUGAGGACACCAACCUGUGCGCUAUUCACGCCAAAAGAGUCACCAUCAUGCCCAAGGACAUCCAGUUAGCCCGGCAUAUCCGCGGGGAGAGAGCUUAA